UCGCACUAUUUUUGGUCUCUGCGCGGCUCCGUCGCAGCUGAUUAGGAAGUGGAUUAAUUUUGUUCUUCCUUCCUAUUGGGCCUGCUACCAUGGCGACGCUGCUCAGAGUGUCGCGGCUCCCCAGUCUACCGCUCCGAUCCCAAUUUGGAGUAGGUCGCCUGAUUUCGUACUCAGCGACUCUCCCCGGCGGCCGCGGUACGGGCCUAAACCUGCUCUACCCGGGCCACAUACCCACCAGCCCGCUACAGAAGGCCCUGCUAGCGGUCGGCGCUGCCUGCAUGGCCCUCUACGACCCCUACCGUCACGACAUGGUUGCUGUUCUGGGUGAGACCACAGGACAUCAAGCUCUGAAGGCACUCAGGGACCAGAUGAGGAGGGACCCCGAGGGUGUCCAGAUCCUGCAGGAACGACCUCGGAUCCAGCUUUCCACCCUGAACUUGAACAAGCUCCGGAACCUACCAGAGGGCUCCUUUGGUUGGGAGUAUGCCCACUUUCUUGAUGUUAAUAAGGUAUCCCCAGACACCCGAGCACCCACCCGCUUUGUGGAUGAUGAGGAACUUGCUUACGUGAUCCAGCGUUACCGUGAGGUUCAUGACCUACUCCACACUCUUUUAGGAAUGCCCACCAACAUGCUUGGAGAAGUAGUGGUUAAAUGGUUUGAAGCCAUCCAGACAGGUCUUCCCAUGUGUGUCUUAGGAGCUGCCUUUGGACCCAUCCGACUCAGUGCCAAGAAAUUGAAGGUGUUGACAUCAGAGUUGAUUCCCUGGGCAGUACAGAAUGGCCAGAACUCCCGAUGUGUCCUCAAUCUCUACUAUGAGCAAAGAUGGGAACAGCCGCUAGAAGCCCUUCGGGAGGAGCUAGGCAUCAGCCCGCCCCCUUCUGUGUGGACAGGCCGUACUCAGUCCCCAAACCGCUGAUCCAACAGGUUUAUGCCAACCCAGUGACACUGGGCAAAGGGCUGCUCUACCCAGGACCUUCGCACUCUGUUCCCAGGGACAUCUAGCUCCUGAUAAGAGGAAGAAGAGAGUUCAGCUAAAUGGAUUUGGAGAUAUGGGUAUCUCCUUAUCUGCCAAAAGGGAUAUGGGAAUCAAAAGAAUCUACAUAUUUGUUCAGAUGAAAUCUCUUCAGUAAGGCAGAAGCAAUCCACUACUCCCAUGUAAGUGGAAUUGAAGAGGCUCAGUACAGAGAAUUCUCAGGCAUUAAUUUACCCUUUAGUCACCCUGCUUUCUCCUGGAAGAAUUCCUUCUACUUCAUUUUCUCCCAUUAUUUCGCCCUUUCCUCUCCCCUUAUCUCCAAGUUCAAGAAUCUUUUUGACUAGUUUGAAGAGGAAAGAAGGGUGUCAACUUUCUGGAUCCAGAAGUGGUAUAAGGAAGGAUGUUUUCAUGGUCUUAAUAAAUCUCUCUUUUGGUCUCA